AUGUCAGUACAGAUUUUCGGCGACCAGGCCAGUGAGGAGCGUGCAGAAAAUGCUAGAAUGUCGGCGUUUGUCGGUGCUAUUGCUGUGGGCGACCUUGUCAAAACCACUUUGGGCCCUAAAGGUAUGGACAAAUUGUUGCAGAGUGCCAGUGAUCCUGACAGAUCUCUCAUCACCAACGAUGGAGCUACUAUUUUGAAGUCUAUUCCGUUGGAUAAUCCUGCUGCCAAGGUGUUAGUCAACAUUGCUAAGGUGCAAGAUGACGAAGUUGGAGAUGGAACUACGUCUGUCACGGUAUUGGGAGCCGAGCUCUUGAGAGAGGCGGAAAAAUUGAUUGAGAAGAGAAUUCAUCCUCAGACAAUUAUUGAAGGUUAUCGUAUUGCUCGCAACAAGGCCGUGGAAGCUUUGGAAAAGGUUGCUGUUAAUCACGGCAAGGAUGCAGACAAAUUCAGACAAGACUUGAUCAACAUCGCCAAGACGACGCUCUCAUCCAAGAUUUUGUCGCAAGACAAGGACCAGUUCUCGGAGUUGGCCGUGGAUGCCAUUUUGAGAUUGAAGGGUUCUACCAACUUGAACCAUAUCCAAAUCAUCAAGAAGCCAGGAGGAAAAUUAGCCGACUCAUACUUGGAUGAGGGAUUCAUUUUGGAGAAAAAGUUUGGUAUCAACCAGCCUAAGAAGAUUACUAACGCCAAAAUUUUGGUGGCCAACACCUCGUUGGAUACCGACAAGGUGAAGAUUUUUGGUGCAAAGUUCAAGGUGGAUUCCACCUCCAAGUUGGCCGAGUUGGAGAAGGCUGAGAAGAACAAGAUGAAGGCUAAGGUCGACAAAAUCAAGAAGUUUGGCAUCAAUGUUUUCAUCAACAGACAGUUGAUCUACGACUACCCAGAGCAGUUGUUCACCGACGCUAAAAUCAACUCUAUCGAGCAUGCAGACUUUGAUGGUGUGGAGAGAUUGGCGCUUGUCACUGGUGCCGAGGUUGCGUCCACAUUUGACAAUCCAGAGAAGGUCAAAUUGGGUACUUGUGAGUGCAUCGAGGAGAUUCUCAUUGGUGAAGACACUUUCCUCAAGUUCUCUGGAGUCAGCGCUGGAGAGGCAUGUACUAUCGUCUUGAGAGGUGCCACUGAGCAAGGAUUAGACGAGGCCGAGCGCUCUCUACAUGACGCGUUGUCAGUUUUGUCGCAAACUACCAGAGAAACCAGAACUGUGUUGGGUGGAGGAUGUUCCGAGAUGGUGAUGUCCAAGGCUGUAGACCAGGCUGCAGCCAACGAGACUGGAAAAAAGGCUCUUGCCAUUGAGGCAUUUGGAAGAGCAUUGAGAGCAUUGCCAACGAUUUUGGCUGACAACGCCGGUUUUGAUUCCAGUGAGUUGGUUACCAAGUUGAGAUCCGCCAUUUACAACGGAAUGACCACCUCCGGAUUGGAUUUAAACGAGGGCCAGGUGGCUGACAUGAGAGAGUUGGGCAUUGUAGAGUCAUUUAAGUUGAAGCGUGCUGUGGUGUCUUCUGCAUCGGAAGCUGCUGAAGUGUUGUUGAGAGUGGACAAUAUCCUCCGUGCUAAGCCUAGAACUGCCGACCGGAACCACUAA